AUACGGUGGCCAUUUAAAAGGAUGAGGCGAUAGUUUUCUUAAGUCUUUCAAAGGAGACUGUGAGAGAAAAGCCCACCGGAGAAGGGGAAAAUGCCCAGAAGAAAACAAUCGAAUCCACAGCCUGUAAAAUUGGAUUCUGAAGAUGGCGUCACUGUGGAUAACCCCGGAAGCCUUGUUUUGGAGAGUGACUUCCUCCUUGGGCAAGGUUUGGAGUUUGGAGACAAUGACUACAAGAUUAUAGGUUUUGAGAAAGACUCUGUGGCUGCCGAGAUCGGGAUCCCGGUGUAUUCCCUGAGUGAUGAGGACUGUUCCAGCUACAACCGGCUCAGCAUGGAGAGCGAUGCGGAGGAUCCUCGCGACACGGAGAGCGAGCGGGAGGAAGGAGGUGGGGACCCAUCCUUUCCAUCAUACCUCUCCUGCAGGCAUUGCGGCGAGCUGCUAGCCGACCCCCUGGCUGCAGGGCUGGGUCUGUCAGGUCCCUGCUGCCUACGGUGUGGCGAUGGGGGCAAGGUGGUGGAUGGUAACAGUCCCAGACAGGAUACAUGCUCAGUGGGUGACAUGCAGGACGGCGAGCAGGAGCGCAGGCUGAAUGGCGGCGACACAGGUGUUGGAGGUGGCCCCCCGAAGGUGCACUCCUGCGAGCUCUGCAGCUUCACCUCGCGCUACUCCAACCACCUGAAGAGGCACAUGAAGACCCACAACGGCGAGAAGCCGUACCAGUGUCCGCACUGCACCUAUGCUUCUGCCCAGCUGGUCAACCUGCAGCGGCACGUCCGCACGCACACCGGCGAGAAGCCCUACAAAUGCGAGCACUGCGUCUUUGCCUGCAACUCCCUGGGCAACCUGAAGAGGCACCAGCGCAUGCACACGCAGGACAAGUCCAACAAGUGCGGCCAUUGUGACUAUAAAGCCAGCAACAGCCUCAGCCUCAAACGUCACGUGAUGGGUCAUAAGGCGGAGGUUUCCAGUCACACAGCUGAAGAUAUGGCGGUGUCGGACUUGACGCUGCACGGGAGCGGUGAUGCAGAUUUCCUCCAGGGCUACGAGAACCUGAAAGCUGACCGGCAGACAGGCAGCCCGUUGGACAGCGAGGGCGCUGGCGAGGAGUCGGACACCCUCCCCGAACUGCUGUUCCCAUUUACCUGCCGCCUCUGCGGCCUGGUCCUGGACGACGAGGACGGGGCCUCAGGCCGGGUGUGCAGCAAGUGCGCCCUAGAGAUGCUGUCCAAGGAGCCGCCCGACAGCCCCGGCGAGAAGGCUGACAAGGCAUUCUCAUGCGCCUCCUGCCCCUUCAUCACUCAGUACCCCAACCACCUGGCGCGGCACAUGAAGACGCACAGCGGCGAAAAGCCCUACAAGUGCCCUGAGUGCGACUAUGCCUCGGCACACUUCGACAACCUCAAACGGCACCACCGCGUGCACACGGGCGAGAAGCCCUACAAGUGCCACCUCUGUGACUACGCCUGCGGCAACCUGGCCAACCUCAAGCGUCACGAGCGCAUCCACUCGGGCGCCAAGCCUUUCAAGUGCGCAGUGUGCAGCUACAGCUGCAACCAGAGCAUGAACCUCAAGCGGCACAUGCUGAGGCACACGGGCGAGAAGCCCUUCAAGUGCCAGCAGUGCACCUACACCACCGGCCACUGGGACAACUAUAAACGGCACCAGAAGAAGCACGGCCACUCGGCCGACGGCUGGAUUAAGGUGCGGCUGCCGGGCAAUGAGGAGGAUGAGGAGACGACGUAGGGCGGCCGUGGGGGAGCGAGAAGCGCACUCCUCCCCGCCGCGUCAGUGCUACCAGCAUUUCGUUUUCUCGUUUACUUUAUUUGUCGUCGUUGCAGUAUAGUUCGGAUUUCCAGUGGCUGCUAUGUGGAAAUUAUGCACACAGAUUGACAAUGAUCAGAUCGUUUUGUUGCCUUUUGGGAUGUUGGGAGGGGUGGGCUGGGCGGGGGGGUUAUCGGGAGGGUAGGGGCUGUUUUAUUUUAUUUUUUUUCCUGGUGCCACUACAAAAUGCUGCACUGAUUCAGGGGUUACUGAAGCUCCCUCCUGCAUCUAUACAGAAGGGUGUUGGAGGGGGGCCUGCGGAACUGGCUGUAUGUCUGUGUGUGUCUGUGUGUGCGUAUGCCUGUGUAGGUGUGUGUGUGUGCAGGAGCACGUAUGAAUUAACGAUCAUGCUUUUUCGAAUGGUGUGCAUUACUUACUGUGAAAUGGUCCUUUUCUCCUUGAACAAAAAAAGGAAGUCAAAAUAAAUAUGGGUGUGUCAAAAUGAUAGAUUUUUUUCGCCCAAAACUUGUAUGUCUGUGUAAAAACGUUUUCCCCUCCUUCUUGAAGGGUGAUUUUUGGCCAUCUUGCGUCAGUUCUCUGAACACUUUAUUUUGUCCAGUCUAUAGACUGAAGCACAAAGACAUGAUGAUAUACGAAGCACUGUGAACUGUAUAUUCAAGUGAAAAGUGCCCUUAAUUGUGUGAUUUUUUUAAUAUAUAUAUAUAUAUAUAUAUAUUGCAUCUAUGAAGAGGUGUUACUGUGUGCUCUGAAUGUAUAAUUUUUAUGUUUAAUUUAUCUGGCAGGAAAAUGGACACUGCACAUCCUUAAAUGCUUUGACUUCUUUGGGGGUAGGCAUUGGAGUGAUUUAAGGUAAUAACAAAGCUUGUGAACUUUGAAGUGUUUGUGUUAUGACUGGACACCUUCAGUAAUGCCUGGUUAUCAGGUUCCUGCUAGUCAAGCUGACGUGCGAAUUCUAGGUGGUUUAAAAAGCACCGUCGGGCGUUUCGCAUCAGAACAUGCAAGAGAAGACAUUCAAGGAAUUGCGAGCUGCAGCUGUAGCCUGUUCGAUUUGCUCUGAGGACACACGUCACAUGGCGAAAUUUGAGGACCGCGGAAAAUAGUACCGUGAUUAAUCGCGUGCCAGUCACCAUCCAGUAAUUCAUGUUGAAAUGAGAGCAAAAUAACCUGAUCUGUUAACGCUGAAUAUUAAAAAGCCAUAAUUGCUUUUUCUUUUGUUUUGCACAACUUUCACAAAGGGACCACAUGCAACUGUUUGGCCAGUUAAAGCUCUUUCAUUAGGCCUUGGUAAUUAAUUAUGAAUUAAUGUUCACAGCGAGAUAAUAGAGCCAUACUGUGAUUUUAAUUUAAGACGUUUUGCUCUACUGAUCUUAAUAACAAGCCAACAAUCAUAUCUGUGCAGCUUAUUAGCCAUCAGAUAUGGUGUAUUAAGCUUCUGUUGUGUGCUAGCCAGUUUGGCAAAUUCCUUUGGUGUGGCCUUUUGCAUUGGCAAUAUUCCUAAAAUGAAGGGGAUCUUCCGAUGCUUAGUGAUUAUGAAUAUGGUUUGAGUUUUUAAACUUACAUUGUUGCACAGGUAAAUAAAAGGGUGAUUUCACUGAA